AUGUCCUCCGGUAUUAAAUUCCCUCUGUCCCUGAGCAGCAUCCCGGAGAAUAUUUGGAUCAACUUUAACAUCAUCCCUACCAUCCUUGGCGGCCCUGACCUUACUGAGAAAGGCCAUACUCUUCAUGGUGCUUCCAUCCCUGUGGACCUGAUCCCGACCAAUGUCACCUGCGUUGGGCCUAUGGUACUUGACUCGGCGCCGGUAGCCGAGCAGGAUGCGGAUAUGGCGGCCUGGUUGGCGAAGGUGCCCACCAUUCUCAUCAACUUGGGAAGCAUCUGGAAGCUUAAGAAGUUCAACAAGUUCACCGACUAUUCCGAUGAUCAUCUAACCCCCGUCAAGCCAUUUAUUGAGAAGGCACGGCUAAUGGUAGUGGACUGGCUUGAUGUCGACCCCCCUUCGAUGCUCAACUCGGGUCACGUUUUGGCUUUUGUGCACCAUGGCGGAUUCAACUGCUACCACGAGACGGUUCUGUAA